AUGAAUGUGACAAAAACAUUUACUGCAUGGCACCCCGAGAAUUUUGUCAAUAAUGGAUCUAACUGGACAAAUGAUGAACGUGACAAAUACAGCACCUUGGACUGUGAUAGUUUGAUGACGUUAUUCUACACGGAGCUUGGGGUGUUGGCAUUUCUAGGUAUUCCCGUCGUGAUUGGAAACACUUUAGUGAUACUUGCAGUUUACCAGAAUCACAACUUACGGACACCUCCAAACUACUUUAUCGUCAGUUUGGCAUUUGCUGAUUUGAUGAUUGGAGUAACAAUGGCUGCCCAGAAUGUACUAUUGCAUGGCCAGGGUGUUAUAACUCACAAAUGGGCAUGUGUAGUUAUAAGUGUAAUUGCAUAUAAUCCUAUAGGGGCAUCACUUUCACAUUUACUAGCAAUCGGAAUUGACAGAUACAUUGCAAUUCUUCACCCUCUUCGUUAUCACCAAUUGAUCACCGUGUCAAGAGUCAAGGUAGUCAUCGUCAUAAUAUGGGUCUAUUGUUUUGUUACCAUAGCUCCAAUCUGGUUCAUGACUGACAGUAAAGCUAAUAGUUGUUAUGAACUAAUGAUACCAAUUAUUCGUGGACCGGGAAUUUUUAUUACUAUAGUAGCAUUUGUCGUUCCAUUGAUCAUCAUGGUUGCUAUCUAUGCCAGAAUAUUUGUAAUUGCAAGACAUCAUCUGCGGAGAAUAAAUCCGCAGUCAGAGGACACUCAGCAACAACACUAUAUGAAACGUGAGGUUAAAGCAGCUAUAACGCCAUGUGUCGUAAUUGGAGUCAUGCUUUUCUGUUGGGUUCCACAGUUCAUUGUUGUAGUCAUGGAUCGUUAUGAAGUUUGUGCGAACCCACAACGUUUUGUUUCAAAUCUGUUUAUGCUAAUUAACUCUGGAGCUAAUCCUCUUAUUUAUGCACGACAUAACACCGAGUUUCGUCAGGCAUUCAGAAAAAGCAUUCAGAAAAUUAAAGCAUCAUUAUGUUAA